AUGGCGGAUGUCCCAGCGAAUGCAAAUGCAGGGUGUCCAGGAGUUGGAAGCGAAGGAGCUGGGAAAGCAGCCGGAUGUGCUGGUUGUCCGAACCAGGGAUCUUGUUCAACGGGUCAACCACCGAAACCGGACGAGGACAUCAGACUCAUUCAGGAUCGAUUUCGCCAUAUCAAUCACAAGAUCCUGAUUCUCAGCGGAAAAGGAGGAGUCGGCAAAAGCACUGUAACAUCAAGUCUUGCAAGAGCAUUGGCCGCGGAUGCAUCAAAGCAGGUAGCGAUCUUGGAUGUGGAUAUCUGUGGACCUUCACAACCGCGUAUGUUGGGUGUUGAGCAAGAGGAGGUACACGAUAGUGCUGACGGAUGGACUCCUGUAUCCGUCAAGGAUAAUCUUAUGCUUAUGAGCAUUGCUUUUUUGUUAGGUAACAAGAAUGAUGCUGUUAUCUGGCGUGGUGCUCGUAAAAAUGGAAUGAUCAAGCAAUUCCUGCGCGAUGUUGAUUGGGGAGAGACACACCACCAGGCACCAUCUGAUGAACACAUCUCUUUGGUGCAAUUUCUUCUUCAAGCAGGCACUCUUGAUGGUGCCAUUAUUGUGAGCACCCCACAAGAAGUAUCUUUGCUUGAUGUUCGGAAGGAGGUGAGCUUCUGCCACAAAACGAAGGUCCCUAUACUGGGUGUUGUGGAAAAUAUGGCGAAGUUUGUUUGCCCACAUUGUAAUCAUACAAGUAUAUUGUUCCCUUCAACCACAGGAGGUGCAACGACUAUGUGCGAUGAAGGGAAGUUGCAGCUUCUCAGUCAACUGCCAUUGGAACCUGCUCUUGCUCAAGCACUGGACAACGGAGAAGAUUUCUUCGAGAAAUAUCCUGACUCAGCAAUGGCGAAAGCAUUCCUUGAGUUGGCAAAGAAGAUAGAAGCUUUGCUAGAAAAUAGGUUUCGAUUUCAGGUCACGGAUAUGCAUCGAGUGGUGAUCACAGGUAUGGGUGCCGUGACACCUUAUGGCGCUGGUGUGCCGUUGCUCAGGAAAGCGUUACUGUUGGAAUCUCGCUCUGCGCUAAAGUUCUCGGAAGAAUUUGGAUUUAUGGUAGGGGCCAUUCCGGAUGACAAAGUCGACUUCGGACGGUGGACAGCCGGACAAAUGCGCGAAAUGAGCAGAGCUAGCCAGUUAGCGCUGUUAGCCGCAGAAGAAGUUAUGGCGUCAUCUGGUGCUGAAAAUCUCGAUCAUACUGACACAUUAGUGAAUAUCGGAACUGGCGUCUCUGAUCUGUUAGAAAUAGGUAGAACCGCUUCUUUGAUCGAGAAAGGACAAGCAAGAAAGGUGUCGCCUUACUUUGUUCCCCGAAUUCUAACCAAUUUACCAUGUGGAUACGUUGCCAUGAAGUACGGUAUGAAGGGCGGAGCCGAAAGUACCGCAACAGCCUGUGCAACGGGACUUCACUGCAUAGGAAAUUCAUUUCGAGCUGUUCGUCAUGGAUGGGCAAGACGGGCAAUUGCUGGCGCAACAGAAGGUUGUGUAAAUGCCGUGGCUUUAGCUGGAUUCGAUAGAAUGCGAGCGUUGUCCCGUGGUAAAGAGCCCUCGUGCAGUCGCCCAUUCGACAAAAAACGCGAUGGCUUCGUUCUCAGCGAAGGGGUCGGACUGGUACUCCUGGAGCGACUGCAGGACGCUCUCGAAAGAGGUGCCCCAAUACUGGCAGAAGUUUUGGGUUACGGGAUAUCCUCGGACUGCUAUCACAUCUCCAGUCCCGAUCCAUCGGGUAUCGGAGCGCGAUUGUCCAUGCAGCGGGCGAUUGAGGACGCCAAGAUCAGUCCGGAUGGUGUCAGCUACGUGAACGCUCACGCGACAUCCACACCAACCGGUGAUACGAUAGAAGCACUCGCAAUUCGUGAAGUGUUUGGAAAACGGAAAAUAGCUGUUUCAUCCAUCAAAGGUCACAUUGGCCAUCUGUUGGCUGCCGCUGGAUCGGUUGAAGUCAUAGCGACAGUGGAAGCAAUCUGUGAAGCAAAAUUGCCACCAAAUCUGAAUCUGGAUGAGUCCGAUGAGGACGACGGCUUAGCGCUUCUGCGGCAAGUCAUUGAAUGGCCUCGUCCCAGGAUAGCCAUGGUGAACUCUUUUGGUUUUGGCGGCACGAAUGCAAGUAUUGUGAUCUCAGAGCCUAGCAAAAAACCAGUUGGUUAG